UCAACUCGCUCGUCAAUAAUUGCAAGUUAAUAACUUCGAUUGGGGCAAUACUGAACUUUUAUAWUAGAAACAUGAAGUCCAACGUACGAACACAAAGACUGCUCGACUUCUUACCGAUAUUUAACGCYAUUUUAACGCGGUUGAUUUUCUUCAUACAUGGAUUCUUUGCAGUAUGGCAACUAGUCAGUUGUAUGAACGAACCGAMGUAUUGGGCGAUAAUUAUAGGGAUUUUUUGUCUGCUGGUAGAAAUGGUUUAUACUUUAGUAGCCAGAAAAGGUCAUGAAUACAAAUAUUUGUGGCCCAGUUGUUUCUUCUACAUGCUUACCAUGGUACCCAUUGUGUGGAUUUUUGAGAUCGAGUUAUAUAAAGCUAGAGCCGGUACUUCUACAGUAAAGCCUGGCAAGGAGUGCUGGUCAAUCGGAAUCGAAAACAUCGCGAAAAAUGUCUGCGAGCUUGGUCUCAUCGUUGGUAUCAUAGUAGGGCGUUGGCUGCUGCCACGUGGCGAGAUAACACGUGAUCAACUGUCAGCCUUGUUGCUUGGUUACGUUGGAACAGCCGCUGAUAUCUUGGAACUGUUUGAAGUCUUUGAAGAAGAUGCUGUCGUUGGUGAGUGGRAAAUUACCAAAGCUGUWCUAGGCGUGUAUACAUGGAGUCUGUUACAGUUUACGUUGGUAACCACGGCAACUACUGGCAAGCACCAAAUAAGGAUUAAUGCAAAUAAGGUUGAUUCGACUCCAACUGCCGAAGAAGUGUUCAACAGGAAAAUCAGCUCACACAAGAAACCAAAUAUGAAAGCCAUUAACGACGAAGAAAUCAAAGAAAAGUACAUCCAGCGRCUGAGAAUGAAACGMCGACAGACAGACAAAGACUUGACUAGAGGAAAAGGUUACAAAGGAGUGAGAGAACGUAAAAUCAACCCCAUUACAACAGGACGAGGCGAUCUCAAGAAAAUCUCACGACGAGAAAUGCUUCUUCACGGYGAUAUCUUUGGUAUUCUUGCUGGGAUCUUUAUGCAGGAUGGACCRUUYCUCGUCCUUCGACUUGUACUUAUCAUUAARUUCAACGUAUAUAGUGAAAUGCAUAUAUUUUUUACRUGUAAGAAUGCUAUUGCCCUCUCUUUGCUCGUCUAUCGAUUGUGCAUUCUCACUUGUAGUGGRGAAGACGAGAUUAUCAAUGAGAACGAGGAGAACGAAUGGCGACUCCAGAACGUACAGCAAGCUGUUCAUAGUGAUCAAUUCAAAGCUUCUGGUGCAAUUCAAUUGGCUGGAUAAAUAAUUUAUUGAAAACACGAGACAUUAUCACAUUUUUAUUACUGUCUUGAUACAAAGCAUUUGGGAAUUUUUUGACUAUCACGAGGCAUUGUCGAGUUCAGUAUAAAUUAUUGCAGUCUUGCAUGGAUUCAGUACGAAACAUGACUGAAUGCAUUAGCGCUUUCAGGCCAUAAAAAACGCUGUCAACUUUCACAAUUUUUACAAGUAACUGGAGAGAUUGUCGACAUUGUCAGUAGCGCCCGCAUUCGCAAUGAGUUACGGCACUUUUGAAGGACACGAAAUAUUUUUGCCUAGUGCAGUGCUCUUUUAAGAUGAUUUAUCAAGGAUCAAUAUGAGUCAAUUUCGUAUGAGUGGGAAACGUACGGUAGAACAUUACCGCACGGUUACCGCAUAGUUACUGGACCUGGCCUGCACAAUUUUGGUGAACCAAUGGGGCACUAGAAUUUGGUUACAGUACGAUUACGGUCACAGUACAGUACCGUCCGUUUCCCACUCAUACGAAAUCCGCUCUAUCCAAUAGGAUUGCACGUUAUAACAGUUUAAAAACAACAUGAACAAGGCAAUCUGUUUUCGCAUUACACAAGCUUCCAUACCAAAGUCAGUGUACUGUUGUAUCUACAGCAUCUACAAAUCCAAAACUGUUAUUUGACAAUACAUCACUCUAUUGUUUUACCGUUAUGUACAUAUGUAUAUAGUUUAUUUAUUGCAACAAGAAGUAAUAAAGCAUUUCAGUUUUCUACC